AUGAAACUUACUAUAUUUAGUGAAAAUGAUCGUGUACUCUUAGUUGGAGAAGGUAAUUUUUCAUUUUCUGUUGCACUGUUCGAUCUUAAUUUAAAAAUUAAUAUUACUACAACAUGUUAUGAAGCUGAAGUUAAUCAAGUCAUUGCAGAGAGAAACAUACAAUACUUAAAAAAUAAUGGAGUUCGUGUAUUAUUAGGUGUUGAUGCAACAAAAUUAAAAGAGCAUCCAAUAUUAAAAACAGAAUUAUUUAAUAAAAUUAUUUUUAAUUUUCCCCAUGUUGGUGGUAAAAUGCGAAUAGAAAGAAACAGAAAAUUAUUGAAACAGUUUUUUAUAAGUGCAUCAGAACAAAUAAAGAGUAAUGGUCAAGUAUUAGUUACACUAUGUAAUGGUCAGGGUGGUACAUCUCUUGAUAAUCCAUCAAGACGUUGGGACGAUUCAUGGAAAGUUACAGAAAUGGCUGCUCAUGGAAAUUUUGUAUUAAUAACAAUUAAUCCAUUUGAUUGGUCAGCUUUUCAAAAUUAUAUGACAACUGGAUAUCGUAGCUUGAAUAAACAAUUUCAUUCUGCUGGAGCUUUAACUCAUAUAUUUAUAAAAUCUGAACCACCAAAUAGUUUGAAUAUUGCUCCUAAAGAAAAAAUAAAUAUUCUGCAAUAUAAUAGUAAUAAUUUUUCAUGGAAAGAUACAAAUCCAACUGCAAAUAUGUUAUACACAAAUACAACUAAUGUAGAUACUCAUACAUAUAUAUUUGACAUAACUUUUAAACAAGAAAAUGUCCCUAAACCUUUACGUAAUAUGAAACCAAAGACACAGAGUAAUAUAGAAAGGAGUAUUGUUGAUUUGAAGAAGAUAAGAACAAUUGGCGGAAAAGGCGGUGAUGGCAAUAUAUCAUUUUUACAAUUAUGGUCAAAUGAAUUUGCUGGGCCAGAUGGUGGAGAUGGUGGACAUGGUGGCCAUGUAAUUCUUAAGGCAACAUUGGAUGUUACAGAUCUAUCACAUAUAAGUAGUGUUCUUAAAGCUGAAAAUGGAGAAAAAGGCUAUAAUAAAUCCUGUUUUGGAAAAAAUGCAGAACAUACCUUAAUACAUGUUCCUAUGGGUACCAUAGUACGUAAUAUGAAAGGAAACAUAAUAGCUGAUUUAAAUCGUGAAGGAAUGAUGUUUAUUGCUGCCCGAGGUGGUGCUGGUGGUCACGGAAAUGCAUUUUUUAAAUCAGAUACACAGCAAUCUCCACGUAUAAGUGAAUAUGGUGCAAGUGGAGAAGAUUUACAAUAUGUAUUAGAAAUUAGUAGUAUAGCACAUGUAGGAUUAAUUGGAUUUCCAAAUGCAGGUAAAAGUACCUUACUAAGAGCAAUAUCUAGAGCCAAACCAAAAGUUGCCGCAUAUCCAUUUACAACAUUAAAACCUCAUUUAGGUAUGGUGUUAUAUGAUGAUUAUGAGCAAAUUGCAGUGGCUGAUUUGCCAGGCAUUAUACCUGAUUCUCAUAAAAAUAAAGGUCUUGGUAUACAAUUUCUUAAACAUAUAGAACGUUGUAAAAUUUUAUUAUUUAUUAUUGAUGUUACUUCUAAUGAACCAUGGGAAGAUUUUGAAACUUUAAGAUAUGAAAUUACAGAAUUCAAUAUACAAUUAAAUAAAAAAUCACCUCUUAUUGUAGCAAACAAGAUAGAUUUACCAGGAGCAAUGGAAAAAUUGGAAAUAUUUAAGCAGAAAAUUCAAUUACCUAUUGUUCCAAUUUCUGCUAAGAUGGGUACAAAUAUAUAUAAUUUAUUAAGAAAGAUAAGAAUAGUAUAUGAGAAGGAGGAU